CCUUGUCGUUGUGCCUUAGCAUUGAAAAAGAAGGUGGGCUCGUGCUUACAGAACCCUUCCAGAAAUCGCUCAUCAUGCUACACCAUUGGAUAUGCCACCACACAUCUCCAUACUCUACGCUCAGGUCAUCCGCACUCCUCCGCUUUUCUCGAAGUAACCUUGGAAGACAACCCUCCUCCACGUGCUCGGACACGAAUUUUAUUGGGGCGAACCUCCCAAUGACUAUAAGAAAGACCGCACCGUCUAUACUUUCUGGCAGAUCUCACCUAACUUCAGCACAAAGCUUUUGAUUAAACAAGCAUACGAGAAACCAUGGGUUAUCUCAAGUUUCGAAGGCCCGAGCUGACUCGCGAGUCGCUCGGCCUUACCAACUGGGUACGGUACGACAAGUAUAAUCCCAGUGCCGCCGGUGCUACCGAGGCAAGGAAGUCGCUGGCAGCUCUGGACUACUCGCCGCUGCGACGAGUAACAUGGGCAUCGUUCUGGAUGGGUAUUCUCAUCUCUAUGGGCGGAUUCAUCUUCGGUUAUGAUACCGGCCAGAUUUCUGGCUUCCUUGCCAUGCCAGACUUCCUGGAAAGAUUUGGUCUGCGCCACAGCGAUGGGACAUUCUAUUUCAGCAACGUGCGGUCUGGCCUUAUCGUGGCAAUGUUGUCAAUCGGUACACUGAUCGGCGCACUGGUCGCGGCUCCCAUUGCCGACUUCAUCGGCAGAAGGCUGAGCGUGACCUUCUGGUGCGUUGUCUUCUGCAUUGGCAACAUUGUCAUGAUCUCCUCGGAGCAUCAUUGGUACCAGAUCAUGAUGGGCCGGUGGGUCGCCGGUCUUGGUGUUGGUGCAUUGUCGCUCCUCGUGCCAAUGUAUAUGGCUGAGACCGCCCCUCGUCAUAUCCGUGGGUCCCUGAUCAGUACCUACCAGCUCUUUAUCACGUUCGGUAUCUUCUUAGCUGCCUGCAUCAACUUUGGCACUUACGAACACCAACGCCAUAACUCUGGGUCAUGGAGGAUUCCCAUGGGAAUUGCCUUCGUCUGGGCCUUCAUCCUCGGGGGUGGCAUCCUUCUUUUCCCCGACACGCCUCGAUACCUGUACCGCAAAGGACACCGAGACGAAGCCAAACGAAUCAUGGAAAAGGUUUACGGAGCUCCACCGAACCAUUACAGCGUCCACAUCGAAUUGGAAGAGAUCGAGGCCAAGCUUCGCGCAGAAUCGAAGCAGGAUAGCCCGAUUGCUGAAUGGUUCCGCAUGUACCGUGCUCCCAAGAUGACGUACCGUAUCGUCCUCGGCAUGACACUGCAGAUGUUCCAGCAGUUAACUGGUGCCAACUACUUCUUCUACUACGGCACGGUGAUAUUCCAAGCAACGGGUAUCAACAACAGUUUUGUGACACAAAUGAUUUUGAACGGUAUCAACUUUGGCACCACUUUCUACGGUCUGUACAUUGUUGAACAUUAUGGCCGUCGCAAGUCCCUUAUGUUUGGGUCGGCCUGGAUGUUCCUCAUGUUCCUGAUUUUCGCCAACGUCGGCCAUUUCUCCCUCGACAAACACGACCCCCAAAAGACCGAAUCCAGCGGCACCGCGAUGAUUGUGAUGGCCUCCUUCUUUAUCUUUGGCUUUGCAACGACAUGGGGUCCUAUCAUCUGGACAAUUUGUGGAGAAAUGUACCCUUCGAGAUACCGGGCUAAGAGCAUGGCCAUGUCUACCGCCUCAAACUGGCUAUGGAACUUCCUCAUCGCCUUCUUUACGCCGUUCAUUACCGGAGACAUCGACUUUCUCUACGGCUACGUCUUUGCUGGCUGUAACUUGGUUGCCAUUCCCCUGGUCUACUUCUUCGUCAUUGAAGGCCAGGGCCGGACACUCGAGGAAAUCGAUACCAUGUAUAUCCUUGGUGUGAAGCCGUGGAAGAGCAGCGAAUGGGUUGCCCCUCCACCAGACGAGAUGGCCCGCAUCAGACGCGAGGCUGGAACCGGCGACGGUGGAGAGGCGGACGAUAUUACGCCUGCUGGGCAACGCAGCAGCGACGAGUCAAAUCCGGAGAAAGAGGCCGAAAAGGACGCCGAGCACCAAGUGUAAAAUUGCCGCCUCUCCGGCCAUCUGGCUUCAACACCACCUGCAAGACAAGAGAUGCGCAGAAGUACGUAUAAGUCGCAAACAAACAGACAAGAUUGUAUUCGGUUGGUACGCUGUGAACUAAUGAGCAGAGAAGAUGGGACGGGGUAGAGGAACGAGGGGGGAGGGGAAUAAGCGAGGAAGGAGAUGGAUACCCAGCAACAUUGCACUGGAGAGGGGAUAAAGCAGUGCAUGUUUUGCUAUCUAACGGACUCUUUACGAUUCUCGAUUUGUGUGGCAGAUUCCUGUCUUAAACACCUCAUACUACGCAGUUAUGACUGUCCUCGUACGGAUAAUAUAUACAGUUUCCCUUUACGAA